CCGUUUAAUCGGCUGCUUUGCAGCGUGGAGGGGCAGGUUUCCGAGGGUGGACUGUUAUCCUUACCCCCACACCCCCUAUUUGACCAGAGGUCCUAAGUGACUAGGGUCGCGUCCCACUGAACUAGACAGGUCUUCAGAGAGUAAAGACGGUGGUGAUGGGAACCAUCACGGGGUUUCUGUAAAGCUAUGUUGCAGGGAGGCGGUGGGAGACCAGAAAGGGUCAAGUCGUGGGCUGCUAUCACUCAUUUGUAUACUCAACAGAUACUGAGUCUAUACACAACCUAGGUACUAGGGAUGCAAUGAUACGAGAGGCGCAGAGCGCAGAGAGGUUACUAGGGAAGGAACCCUAGUUCCCAUGGCCCUGCAUACUCAAAUGCUGACCAUCUCUUCUCCUCCCAGGUCCAGCCUGUGGUGUCCACAAUGCCCCAGGCCUCUGAGCACCGCCUGGGCCGAAACCGAGAGCCACCUGUUAAUGUCCAGCCCCGGGUGGGAUCCAAGUUAUCACUUGCCCCCCGGGCCCGCAGCAAGGAGCGGCGCAACCCAGUCCCUGGACCAAACUCUAUGUUAAGACCUCUGCCUCCCCGGCCAGGGCCCCCAGAGGAGCGGCUCAAGAAAUUGGAGCUGGGGCCGGGAAGAGCCUCGGGCUCUCGGUCCAGAGGCCCUCUUCGGGCAGAUCAUGGGGUCCCCCUGCCCGGCUCACCACCACCAGCCGUGGCUCUGCCUCUCCCGUCCAGGACCAACCUCGCUCGGUCCAAGUCUGUGAGCAGUGGGGACUUGCGCCCAAUGGGGAUUGCCAUGGGAGGGCACCGUGGUGCUGGGGAGCUGGGGGCCGCACUGAGCCGCUUGGCGCUCCGCCCUGAGCCACCCACUUUGAGACGCAGCACCUCCCUCCGCCGCCUAGGGGGCUUUCCUGGGCCCCCCACCCUGCUCAGCAUACGAACGGAGCCCCCUACCUCGCAUGGCUCCUUCCAUGUGAUAUCUGCCCGGUCCUCUGAGCCUUUCUACUCUGAAGACAAGAUGGCUCAUCACACACUCCUCCUUGGCUCUGGUCAUGUUGGCCUCCGGAAUCUAGGGAAUACGUGCUUCCUAAAUGCCGUGCUACAGUGUCUGAGCAGCACUCGGCCUCUUCGGGACUUCUGUCUGCGAAGGGACUUUCGGCAAGAGGUGCCUGGAGGGGGCCGAGCCCAAGAGCUCACUGAAGCCUUUGCAGAUGUGAUUGGUGCCCUGUGGCACCCUGACUCCUGCGAAGCUGUGAAUCCUACUCGGUUCCGAGCUGUCUUCCAGAAAUACGUCCCCUCCUUCUCCGGAUACAGCCAGCAGGAUGCCCAAGAAUUCCUGAAGCUCCUCAUGGAGCGGCUGCAUCUGGAAAUCAACCGACGAGGCCACCGGGCUCCCGCAAUCCUGGCCAACAACCCAGCUCCCUCACCACCCCGCAGGGCAGGGGCUCUGCUGGAAGAUCCUGAGCUAAGUGAUGAUGACCGAGCCAAUCUAAUGUGGAAGCGGUACCUGGAGCGAGAGGACAGCAAGAUUGUGGACCUGUUUGUGGGCCAGUUGAAAAGUUGCCUCAAGUGCCAAGCCUGUGGGUAUCGCUCCACGACCUUCGAGGUUUUUUGUGACCUGUCCCUGCCCAUCCCCAAGAAAGGAUUUGCUGGGGGCAAGGUGUCUCUGCGGGAUUGUUUCAGCCUUUUCACCAAGGAAGAAGAGCUGGAGUCGGAGAACGCCCCAGUGUGUGACCGGUGUCGGCAGAAAACACGAAGUACCAAAAAGUUGACAGUCCAGAGAUUUCCCAGAAUCCUUGUGCUCCAUCUGAAUCGAUUUUCUGCCUCUCGGGGCUCCAUCAAGAAAAGUUCAGUAGGUGUUGACUUCCCACUGCAGCGACUGAGCCUAGGUGAUUUUGCUAGUGACAAAGCAGGAAGCCCUGUGUACCAGCUGUACGCCCUCUGCAACCACUCGGGUAGCGUCCACUAUGGCCACUACACAGCCCUGUGCCGAUGCCAGACUGGUUGGCAUGUCUACAAUGACUCUCGUGUCUCCCCCGUCAGUGAAAACCAGGUGGCAUCCAGUGAGGGCUAUGUGCUGUUUUACCAACUAAUGCAGGAGCCGCCCCGGUGCCUGUGACACUCCCUUUAAGCCCCAGCACCUGUGAAUCCCAUGACACCCUUCAGCCCCAGACUCCCCAUUUACCUCAGAGACGUCUAUUUUUGUGUCUUUUUAAUCGGGGAGGGGGGAGGGGGAGGUUGUAGCUCCCGUUAUUUUUUUUAUUAAGACAGACCCACCUGGAGGCUCCCUCGUCUCCUAGCCCCAUGUACAGAAUUCACCAGCCCCCUGCCCCUGUACAGUCCCCAGUCCCUCUGCAGUCUCACUUUUUGUGAAUAAAUUUAUUAAGAAAAGGU